ACAGAGACAGAGAGGGACAGAAAGGGAAAGAGAAAGGGAGAGAAAGCUAUGGAGUCAUUUCCAGUAAUUAACAUGGAGAAGCUCAAUGGUGAUGAGAGAGGAGCCACCAUGGAGUUGAUUAAGGACGCUUGUGAGAACUGGGGCUUCUUCGAGCUGGUGAAUCAUGGGAUAUCACAUGAGCUGAUGGACAAGGUGGAGAGGCUAACGAAGGAGCACUACAAGAAGUGUAUGGAACAGAGGUUCAAGGAAUUGGUGGCAAGCAAAGCCCUUGAAGGUGUUGAAACUGAAAUUGAAGACAUGGAUUGGGAAAGCACCUUCUUCUUGCGCCACCUUCCUGAGUCCAACAUGUCCGAAAUCCCUGAUCUCGAUGAUGAUUACAGGAAGGCAAUGAAGGAAUUUGCUGUAGGAUUGGAGAAAAUGGCGGAACAACUACUGGAGCUACUCUGUGAGAACCUGGGUCUGGAGAAAGAUUACCUGAAGAAAGCCUUCUGUGGAUCCAAGGGCCCAACUUUUGGGACAAAGGUUAGCAACUACCCACCCUGUCCUCGCCCUGAGCUGAUCAAAGGGCUGCGUGCCCACACCGACGCCGGAGGCAUCAUCUUGCUCUUCCAGGACGACCGUGUCAGUGGCCUUCAACUGCUCAAGGACGGUCAAUGGGUCGAUGUCCCUCCCAUGCGUCACUCCAUCGUUAUCAAUCUCGGUGACCAACUCGAGGUAAUCACGAAUGGAAAAUACAAGAGUAUUAUGCAUAGGGUGAUAGCCCAAACUGAUGGUAACAGAAUGUCGAUCGCAUCGUUCUACAACCCUGGUAGUGACGCAGUGAUAUACCCAGCACCCGAAUUGGUGGGUAAGGAUGAUCAGGUGGAAGUGAAUUCCGAUGAUCAGGUGGUGUAUCCAAAGUUUGUGUUCGAGGACUACAUGAAGUUGUACGCAGGGCUUAAGUUCCAAGCCAAGAAACCUAGGUUUGAGGCCAUGAAGACCAUGGAAUCCACUGUCACCUUGGGAGGUCUCAUUGCCACAGUUUAAAGAUCAAGUUGAAUACAUGCAUUUAUAAUUAU